AUGUUAGAGCAAAGAAGGUUCACGAUUAAUGAAAACAAGAGCAAGAUGAGUGGUGGUGCCGUAGAACACUUCGUCCAAUGGGCGCAAGAUAACGGAGCUUACAUCGAUGAUAAAAUCGAAUUCAAAGAAAAUGCCUUAACCGGUGUCCAUGCGAUUGCUAGAAAGUCGAUAAAAAGCAGCGAUCCAUUAUUCAAGAUUCCUAAAAUACUGCUUCUACGACGCAGCUUGGCAGAGGAGCAUUUCGGCGUAAAGCCUUCCUCCGACGGUAAUCCAAAUGCGCUUUUGCAACUGUAUCUGGCCAAAUUGAAGUUUGAUAAUACAUGCCAAAAAUCUGCGUUCUUCAAACCGUACUUGGAUAUUCUCCCAAACGUCAAUACCAUUAGCUCGCCCUACUUUUGGACUGCUCAGGAGCUUGCUGCUUUGAAAGGCACAGAGCUCUUGAUCAAGACCAAGCGGAAUUUGAAAAGCCUGGUCAGUGAAUGGUUCAAUGUUGCAACAAGCGUGAAUGCUACUGAUGAAGAGGAUACUCAAUUUUAUUUGGAAUCGGCCUCGAGUCCCAAAUCGGAUAUCACAGACAUAUUGGAAAGGUCCAAUUCGCCCAAGUGGCACAGCUUCGAGGCAUACUUGUGGGCUUCAUACAUUUUCUCUUCCCGUGCUUUUCCCGAACUGAUUUUAGAAGGUAGUGCAAUUGACAACGUCAACCAGGCCUUUUUGUUUCCUGUUGUUGAUCUUCUCAAUCAUGCAAAUGGAAAGAAGGUCAGCUGGAAAGACAACUUGACGGAAAAUGCAGUGACGUUCACAACCGAUGAGAAACUCUCAGCAGGUGACGAGAUCUUCAAUAACUAUGGAGACAAAUCAAAUGAAGAACUGCUAAUGGGUUAUGGCUUCGCAUCGCCCAAUAAUGCAUUUGACACCACUACUUUAACGCUAAGGUUCCCUCAAGACCAACUAGGCACCUUUCAUAAAAUGGGCAUUAAGCUGGACGAUGUCAGUACGGGUGACAGCUCUGUAAACUUCACAUUAUCAGUGCAAUCACCACUUCCUGCACAGCUCACGAAAGUAUUUGGAGUUAUGAAUAAGCUCACCUCGGAGCCUUUCCCAACAACCAGAAGCCAAUUGGAAGGUACCGUACAAUUAAAUGGUAUCUUAGACCAAAAACUGAGUUUUUUCAAAGACGCGUCUAAGUUGAAAGAUUCUUUAGGGUCCCCAGAAAAAUCAAAGUCUGCGAAAGCUUACAUUACAGGACAGAAGAGAAUUUACCAAGAAGCUUCAGACAGCAUCAAAAAGUACCAAAAGAAAAUUAUAAAAGAAGCCAAGCCUAUUUCAUUCAAGACUCUUUUCAAAUCAGACACACCGUUCGUUAACAGCUUGACCCUCACCUUCGGGGUCGCUAAGUAUGAUGAUUUACUUGCGAAGGGAUUUUUGCAGCAAGCCCUUCUUUUAUGGAUCGUGAGAAAUACUAAUGGGGGAUUACAGUAUAAAGUUCCAGAGUUUAUUGACGCUACUUUUCAAGAUGUCGCAGCCACAAUCGUUGUAGAAAAAGAGGACGUUCAGGAAUACAUGCCCUUCUACAAAAGUCUAUUCCCUCAAAUUACUACCAAGAUACCUGAGAUAUACGGUAAGGGGGAUUGGGGAAUCAAGAAAUUCAUUAUUGCGGGUACUGUCAUUGACAGGUUGGUAUGGACGUCGCCCACAUCGCAAGAGGCAUUUUUUUUCGAGAAGAAGGCAGCUUAA